GUAAAGUUUUAUGCAGACGACGGGACCGUGAACCGAGACAAUGCCUGGUCGUCUGAAAGUGCGUGUUGUGGCGGGAAGGGACCUGCCAGUGAUGGACAGGGCCAGUGAGCUGACAGAUGCCUUUGUGGAGGUUCGUUUCUGUAACACAAUUUUUAAAACUGAUGUUUACAGAAAAUCCCUUAAUCCCCAGUGGAAUUCUGAGUGGUUUAGGUUUGAGGUAGAGGAUGAAGAACUCCAAGAUGAACCUCUGCAGCUCAGAGUUCUGGACUAUGACACAUACAGUGCCCAUGAUGCUAUUGGUAAGGUGUACAUUGAUCUCAACCCACUGUUGACCAAAGAUGAGGCACCCGGCAUGAUCAAUGGAUGGUUUCCCAUCUAUGACACCAUGCAGGGCAUACGAGGGGAGCUGUGUGUCAUGGUGAAGGUGGACCUCUUCAGUGAUUUCAACCGCUUCAGACAGUCUUCUUGUGGGGUCCAGUUCUUCAGUACUGCUGCUGUACCAUUUGGUUAUAAACUACAGCACACCCUGGGAUUUGUGGAGGAGCUGGUUGUCAAUGACGACCCAGAGUAUCAGUGGAUAGAUCGUAUCAGGACCCCCAGGGCUUCCAAUGAAGCCAGGCAGAGGCUCUUCUCAAAACUCUCUGGAGAGCUUCAACGAAAGAUUGGUUUGAAGGUACUGGAGAUGUGUGGUAAUGCAGUCAUAGGGUACCUGCAGUGCUAUGAUUUAGAGGGAGAAUCUGGGAUUGUUGUGCGUGGGAUUGGAACUGCUGUAAACAUUGCCAGAAUUGGCAUGAUGUCCUCGCCACUGGGCCUGUCUCCCUUGAGAGACACGCGUCACACCCACUUUGCUUUCCCGCAGACCUUGGCAAAAAUGGGGGUGGAAAUGAGUCAGCUGUCUGUAUCUCCAGCCGCCUCCCCACUCAAACACUGGUCCGUUGCCUCUGCCCCACCACUCAGCCCAUCAGCCUUCAGCCAAACUGCUUUUCGUUUUCCUUCUAGCUCUCCUUUACCAGAAGCCACAGUGGCCAACUCCUCACCUCCGCACAAUCCACAACCGGCAUCUGGGUCGGCCCAAGGGACACAACCCCAGCCCUUCCACCAGCAGUCCUCUGUCAAGAUGUCCACCUCACCCGGCAGGGUAGGGAUGCCCAUGCAGAGACGGUCUUCAGACUCGGACAUCAGCACACCACCUAAAGGUGGUAGUGCAGGAGGCAGCAGUGGAGGCAGUGGAGGAGCUGCCAGGGCUGCUAACUUCAAGCCUCAGGUUCAACAACAAACCAUUGAGAUGCUGGAGUACCCAUUCUUUACAAUGAAGAGUUUCCCACCUGGUUUUAUUGUUCACCUGGGAGGGGUGGUCUCUGCCAGAUCUGUUAAACUGUUGGACAGAAUACACAAUCCAGAUGAGCCAGAGACCAGGGAUGCCUGGUGGACAGAGCUAAGGACAGAGAUUCGCUCCCACACUAGAGCCAUGGGCUGCCAUGCUGUCCUUGGCUACAGUGAGCAAACCAGCAUUUGUGAUGAGAUCAUUGUGCUCUCAGCCAUGGGAACGGCUGCCAAGGUGAACCUGAAGAUGGAUGGUGAGCUGUGUACAAGCAGGACCCCCUGUAGCCUGAAUGUGUCUCUGGACAGAUCUCAGUAUGAGAAUACCAAAGAGAAGGACAAGGAAAAGAGGCUCUACGUGGACAUAAACCUGGCUAACCAGGCCUGUCAACCAUGUGUCACAGAAGAUGGUUACCCGUGUUAUAACUGUUCCCUGUGUCAUGUGCCCUACAAACCUUCAACUGCUCCUUUCCCAGUCAACCUGACCAUGUGUGCCAUUUGCAGGAAGAAGAAAGUACCAGAUGUGUUGUUUAACACAAUCAACCCUCCCCCAGAGCUACAGGUGAUGGGCAAAGGAUGUUUAAUACAAGCAAGGAUAUGUCGUGACAAGAAAGACGCAAAGGGAGAGGCAAAUGCGCGAGAAAUCAGUGAUAUUUUACCCUUCAUGGAAUACGAAGUGCAUAAUCAGCUGAUGAGCAAGCUUAAGCUUCGAGGGAUGAAUGGAUUGUUUGGGCUGAGAGUUCAGGUUACAAUAGGGGAGGCUCGACUGGUAGCUUUAGCAAGUGCCACGGCUGUAUUCAUUGCUCCUCUGCCAUCACCACACAUUCCAAAAGUCACAAGCCAGGCCAAGGGAACAAAUGAAGAGGACAUUUCAGAUGUGGCAGAGCUGCAGAAGAGACUUGUUCACACCAUACAGAAAAAUAAAGAGCGAUUUGAGAUUCAGAACACUGACUAUUUUUGUCAGAGGAGCCCAAGCAGCACCCUGACUGAUGACAGUGAUGAGGAACAGUCAGAUCUGGAGCUGUCAUUCGGCAGUAAAGAUGCUUUUGUUUUAGAGGUAGAUGAUAUCCAAGAUGAGGCAGUCUGUGCUAUGCUAAACGAUGUAGCCCCACCUGAAGGGUUUGAACUGUGCAACACUACAGUUUUACCUGGAGUGCCAAAUUUUAUCUCCAACCUGCAGAUGUUCACCCAGCUAUGGAGAGGGCAGUUUGCUUCAAAGCAUAGCCUGGAAUUCUCACAGCUUUUUGAGCGUCUAAUGCGAAGAAUUUGUUAUAAACUGAGGAAGACAAUCCCUUGCUGUCUGUCAGAGUUAGACUUUGAUGUGAAGAUUCCAGAUGAAGAGACUAUUCAGAUCCUGGUGACUGGCAUGUGUGUGGGUUUAGGAGAGCCUCAGUUACAUCCAUAUCACCCGAAUCUCCAGGAUGCCUCAGCCACUAAUAAACUGCUCCUUAAAUCUAUGGGUAACAGUGGUGCUGCUGUAGGCACUGAGGUAGAUGACAUGAUGUUUCAAAUGGAGGAAGUGUCUGAUCCAUCAGUACAAAAACCAAGUGUAAUAUCUGCACCUCCGAAGUUUCAGUAUCACACUGCACCCAUUCAGCCCAAGAGAGAAAUUGACCUGACUCCCUUGUCCUAUAUACCUGGGGGGAAAGUUGACCGUUACUUGGGCAAUUACAACUUCUUCUUCAUCCGAGAGAGCACAUCUGUCCGUGAGCUCGGUGGUCUCAACGGGUUUCUGCAGGCGUUUGUGGCAGAGGUACUCAGCAUUGUGCGUGCUAAUGUGGCCUCUGUGGCUGGAAAUGCUCUGGUCUCCUACAGGAUGAAUGUGUUUGUUCUCAUGGAUAAUCCCCAUAAAAACCAGGCCCAGUGCUUGGUAAACGUCAGUGGAGACGUGGUCAGUGUGUUGUUUGACAGUGACGUCCAGUUGGCCACCAUCCCUGAGUUUGUAAGGAGGGAGAGUUAUUCCCCUGUGACUCCUGACACCAGCUCUACCCGACUACAGACUCGUCGCCACCCCUCAGACAGCCUGUCAAUCGUGUCCAGUGACAGUGGUACCACCUGAGACAACUUACCACCCAUAGACAGUGGUGAUAAAACACUUUAGUAGGUGAUAACACCAGCUCAGGCUUUCCUAGGAGCAGUAUAGUAUGUCCAGAAGAAAGCAGAAAGGUUCCUAAUGAAGGGGAGAUAAAUGUACCUAACUUUUCCCAUCAAGCCAUUAUUGUUGAAUGGUACAUAUGGUCUUGUCUGUUGACUAUGAGACUAUGGCUGUGAAUAUUAAGAGGUAUAUUAUGGUUGUAUAUGGAGGCAGAGAAUAUCUAAUUGCUACAUAUGUUGUCAAUGACUGUAAAUUUGUAUCUUGGUAAAUAGUGUAUGAGUGUGUUGGCUGACAGAGAAUAUUGUCUUGUAGGCAUAUUGUUUACAAACUUUAGACGUGUGUAAGUAUUGUCUACAUGGGUGGAAGUUGUUGAUAGAUAAUAUUGUGUUAAAUGUUUUUGGAGGAUAUAGUUGUGUUUGUUGACCAAAUCGCUGCAGAUUUUCUCAUUCUACCCAUUACACAUUGACAAAGUAUUGCUUUAGUACCAUGCCUAUUUACAAAGGUUCAGUAUUUCCAUGGAAUUUUUUACCUAACCAAUCACCUUGUUGUACUAAGCUGGUGAAAAAUCACAUGAAAUUUUGUGAAAAUGAGUAAAUCACCUAGACUUUCAUUUUAUUCACUUAUCACCCUUGUGUAUAGCUCUUGAAAGCAGUUGGCCACGUUCCCAUCUAAGCAUCCACGUUAAUUGCUCAGAAUUGUUACAUUGAUUUGCCUAGAACUCAAUCCUCUCACCUGCCGUAUGCCACAUAAACAGUAAUUCUAAAUUUAUAUUCAUAAACUGCCAGUUUUGAAUCAAAUGACUGUUACUAGGGUGGACUCUGCUGCUGUUCACAAAAUUGAAACCAUCUUUCUUUUUAGUAGCUGCUAUUAGUUGCUUAUCUUCAUUAUUAAACAAUAAAAAAAGUUAAGACUCUUAAACCCUUACAUACAUGUAUUGAGGACAGCAUUCUGGAAAAGAAUGAGUUCUCUAUUUCUGAAAGCUACAUGUACAUGUAACCUGAGAAGAGUGAAACAGAUUUCAGAUCUACCUUAUACACCACAAUUUGUAUAGGAUGGGGAUUAGUUGAUGAUAAAUUGCUGGAAACGCAAGGUGAUUCACUGCCAGUAUGUGAUAUUUCUCUGGAUAUUAUUCUCUCUAUGAUGCCAUUGCGUUGUUCAGUAAACAUGCAGAAAUAUCACAGUAACUAAAUGGCGUAAGGCUACCAUGACAAAAACAUAGACAAUAUCAUUUACAUUGAAACAUUGCCAUGCUUCAAAGUAAGUUUUCAGCCCAAAUCUUGUCUGGCUGAUGUUAAAUAACUUUGUGGUAAUGAAUUCAUAAUGCAUACUCAUUUUGACAAUCAUUUGCUCUUGCAAAAUUUGUAUCCUUGAAAAGCAUUCCCUGUACUUUGUAGUGUUUAAAGUUACAGAGUUUUAUAUAUUUUUGUUCUUGUUGCAGGUAUACUUGUCUGACAAUCAUCGUUGAUUAGAUUACUGAAAACAGUCAAAAAAGGAUAAGGGAAUAAACCAGGACUUCUGAAACAUACAUGUGUCAAUCACUAGCAUUGUUGCAGUAUAGGGGUAUUUGCUGCUCAUGUCUGCUAAUCACAAGAAUAUAUUUUUGAGAUUUUGAUAGACUUAAGGGGAUAAAAUAAUAUCAGAAAUUACGAAUAGGUGCAAAGAAGAUAUGCUCCAUCUAGCAAGAUUUGUCAUUUAGACUAUACCUGGAUAGGAAGUGGGAGGUUAAUAAUGAGAAGGGUGAAUUAUAAGUGUUUCUGUCACAGUAUACACAUUGUACAUGAUUACAGCCGAGUGCUUUGAUGGCCUGGCUUGGGUUAUGGUGACCUAAAAUGUAACGUGAAAAAAAUUAUGUAUUAAUCUUUUUUUUAUUCAUUUUUUAUAUUUUAAAAUAUUUAAAAUUAUGUCAUGUUUCAGACAUUAAUAUAUUGUUUUACUCUGAUGAAAAUCCUCAAAUCAUUAAUCACUGCCUGAAACCAAACCAAACCAAUGAAAGCUGUCAAAACCAAUUAAAAUGAAGCAGGACCAAUAGCAGCUUAGUUCACAUUAUAAACCAUGAACAAAAAUUGGAUUAUUUGUGCAUCAUUAAUAUGAGUACCUUUUAGAUAUUAGUGAUAAAAUAGGUUUGAACUAUUGUAGUCCAGACAUAUUAGAAACUUGCUAAUUAUUCUGCUGAGUAAAGCUGAGAUGAAAUGUCAUACUUCACACAAUGUUGGCACCGUGUCUUGAGAUUUUGGAGGCUUUACUGUGCACACUAGUUUGAUGAAUCAAAUGUUCUACAAGCUGAGAAGAAGUUUUGAUACCAGUGUAUUUAAUAAGAAUACGAGACUGUUGAUUGUGUAAAAUACCUUUGAGUGAAGAGUUAUUAUCAAAGGUAAUGUGUGAUAAGACUUGAUGUAUUACUCCUUAGUAUUUUACUGCACAUUUUACAAUCAGGAAAUAAUGACCCAGGAGUCUCUCACCAAUGCGGUCGAUGAGAGUGCGUGGAAGGUCUGGCAGUAACCUGCGGAUGGUCGUGGGUUUCCCCCGAGCUCUGCCCGGUUUCCACCACCAUAAUGCUGGCCGCUGUUGUAUAAGUGAAAUAUUCUUGAAUACGGCGUAAAACACCAAUCAAUUAAAUAAAUAAACAAUCAGAAAACUACAUACUUGCUUGAACUGCUGGUUGUACAUACAUGUAAAAACAAAUACAUUGCUGUCAUUUUACACAUAUCAUUUCAGCUCUGCUGACAACACAAACAUGCUUGCUGACAUUUUUUGUCCAUAUUUUGAACUAAAUGUGGUCAUGUCAGUACUGUAUGUAGCUGAUGAUAGGUUUCUUGGAUCACUGUUGUGUAUGAUAGAUGCUCUUGUAUGGCCUGUUAAGUACUUUACAGCCAGUUUGUAUGUCUGGACAUACUUAUAAAAUGGACAGAUAUGAAAUUCUCUUCAUGUAUAUGUAUUUCUAAAGGGGCCAGUAGCUUAAUUAAAGGCACAAGAUCAAGAUGCAGAUUACAAUAUUGUUGUAACCCAACUUGGAUGAAGAUCUGACUGACACAGUCUUUGAAGGUACUUGUAAAAUAUAGCUUAGCCUCAUCAUCAUCUUAUUUAAUUGUACUGAACUGUUCAAGUGUUUUGAAAAAAUGAUAGCGUAAUGUUAAAAUGUUGUACAGAAAGAUAUUAAGAGACCUUUAGUUACAAGUUGGAACUUGUAUUACUGCAACCUUGAAUUAGUUUACCUAUUCUGCUUUGAAGUUACAUGUCACAGGUUGAACUUUUCGCUUCUGACCAAUGGUCUCUUAUUUUCAACAUUAUAAGGCAAGUUGUACAAGAUUGAUGUCCUUGAUAAACAUUGGACAGCUUUGUGCUGCAUUUGCGAUCCAUAAUGCUCUUACAAUUUACUAUUAUAUGUACAGUAUGUGUUCAUUAUCUGUCAUUCUGUGGCUAAGCUGCUUACAACCCAUGCUCAGAAUAAAUUGGCAUUGUAUUGCAAAAUUCCUGUUGUCCUGCAAAUCAUUUGACUGAAAGUUAACACCUCAGAGCCAGUAUAGAUGCUGUCAGUGUGCAGGAUCACUCCUGCACACA